UGAGUAGGGGUGAGUAGGGGUGAGGGUGAGUAGGGGUGAGUAGGGGUGAGUAGUGGUGAGGGUGAGUAGGGGUGAGGACGCAGCCCAUGGCGGUGACUCUGGUGGCGCUGUUCGGCGCCACUGCCGGAGUGGGUGGCGAGGCGCGGGGCUCGGACGAGGCGGACGCGGCGCUCGUGGCGUGGCGCUGCGUGCGGCCACAGUGCGGACAGGUGGGUGAGGUCCACCGCCUGCUCGUGCGCCCCUCCGACGUGGAGCUGGGCGAGGAGUGCCGCGAGGAGACCGGACUCUCCCCGCGCGACCUUGAACGCGCCCCCCUCUUCGGCGACGUCAUACAGCAGUUCCAGGAAAGUGUGAGCAGGGAGCUGCAGCUGGAGAAGGACGCAUCCUUCUGCCUCUGCGUGGACGGGCCUUUGUUUCUCCGACAAGUGUGCCAUCCAGAGGCCUCUAGAAAGGUGUGGCGCUCAUCGUGCAAGGAAAUGGGCGUCUCUCUCCCACACUGCUUCAACUCCUACUAUGACCUCCGCAAAGAGUUCGCAAAAUGCUGCUCCACCAGCCAAGAGAUCAACAUCUGGACCAUGGCUGAUGCACUGGGGGUGACGCGCGACGCCGACGCGGAGUUCGGAGCAGCGGAGGCGGCGGCCAUGAGCAAGAUCAUUCUGGCGCUGGCCGCGUCCCCCUACAAUCACAAGUUCUCUAACCCAGAGGAAGUGAUGAGUCAAUUUGAGUCAGGAAAUUGCAGCCAUUACAACAGUGUGCAUGGUGACACGGUGGUGCGUGUGCGGGGGCUGCCCUGGCAGUCGUCCGACCAGGACAUAGCUCUGUUCUUCAAGGGCCUUAACAUCGCCAAGGGAGGAAUCGCCCUGUGCUUGAACCCGCUGGGCCGGCGCAACGGCGAGGCGCUGGUCAUGCUGCAGGACGAGCAGCAGAGAGACUUGGCGCUCAGCCGGCACAAGCACCACAUGGGCUCGCGCUAUAUCGAGGUCUAUAGAUCUUCUGCAGAGGAAUUCUCAAAGAUAGCAGUUGGCGCGUCGAGUGAGGUCUCGCAGUUCCUGGCGCGCGAGGGUCAGGUGAUCGUGCGUAUGCGGGGGCUACCCUUCGCGGCCGCGCCCGACGAUGUGCUGGCCUUCUUCGGCGCGGCGUGCCCCGUGACGGCCGGCCGCCAGGGCCUGCUCUUCGUGCGCCACCCUGACGGGCGGCCCACAGGCGACGCCUUCGUGCUGUUCGCCGGCGAGGAGUGCGCGGCCGCCGCGCUCGCCAAGCACCGCCACAUGCUGGGCAAGCGCUACAUCGAGCUCUUCCGCAGCACGGCCGCCGAGCUGCAGCAGGUGCUGAACCGCGUGAUGUCGACGCCUCUGCUACCUGUGGUCCCCGCGCUGCCGUCGCCAUUCCCCGGAGGGCCGCUGUGCCCCAGCGGGCCGCUGACCCCGGGAGGGCCGCUGACCCCGGGAGGGCCGCUGACCCCCGGCGGCGCCCAGCGUGACUGCGUACGCCUGCGCGGCCUCCCCUAUUCCGCCUCCAUCGAGGAGAUCCUCGACUUCCUUGGGGAGUUCGCCGGCGAUAUCCGGCCCCAGGGCGUGCACAUGGUGUUCAAUCAGCAGGGCCGCCCGUCGGGCGAUGCGUUCAUCCAGAUGCGUGGUGCGGAGCGCGCGGCGCUCGCGGCCCAGCGCUGCCACCGCCGUUCGCUGCGGGAGCGCUACGUUGAGGUGUUCGCCUGCUCCGCAGACGAGAUGAGCGUCGUGUUGCUGGGUGGCUCGCUCAACAGCAAUGGCCUCUCCCCACCACCGUGCCUAUCGCCGCCGGGCAUGCUCACCUUCCCGCCGCAGGGGCCCAUGUUCAGGCCCGAGGCUGCCCUCUUCCCGCACCCGAUGCUGCUGGGACCGCCGCGCCCCCCUCCGUGCGCCCCGACGGGCGGCUUCUAUCAGCCGGCUGCGAGCACGCAGCUCUUCAUGAACUACACGGCCUACUACCCCAGCCCCCCGGUGUCGCCGAGCACCAUGGGCUUUUUCCCGUCGCCCCCCGGCAUGGCGCUGCCCCCACAGCCUGGCGCUGUGGUGCGUAUGCAGGGACUGCCUCAUGGGGUUGGGGUCAAGGAUGUCCUGGGUUUCUUCCAUGGGUACCAGGUUAGCGCGGACUCGGUGCUGCUGCUGUACGGGCUGGGCGGGCAGCUGAGCGGCGAGGCGCUGGUGUCGUUCCCAUCGGUAGACUCGGCGCGCCAAGCAGUCGCUCAUCUGCAGCACCAACGAAUGGCUGGCCAGGCCAUCCAACUGCACCUCGCCUGAGCCUGCCGCGGCUUCAUCGCUUCAGCUCUGUCUCUGUUAAACUAAAGAAAUUGGAAAGCUCUGCCUCAUCUCCUGUCAUGGUAUAGUCUUCUGUACGCUGCCGGACCUGCCUUGGGAUUCCACUGUAGGUCUAAUCUUCACAGGAUGAUGGGCCACUUUUGCUUCCAUAGGUUUUUUUUUGCUGAUGCGCGCACAUUACUGCUCCCUUGUAUUCAUGCUACAUUUUAAACACCCAUCGUUUUAGAAUCAUGGUUCAUGUAUGGUCUGGCAGCACUCAAAGUUGGGUGCUCCUGGCUAUGCAUUCAUAUUCCUCAAUUACAAAAACCUGAGAUUUGGAUUUGACCAAUUUGCCGUCAUGUGAGUAAUUGGCUGCUAUCUGCAGCCGACCAGCUGUGCUCCGCUAUUGCGACUGGAACACUAAUAGAUGGUAGAGUAGUCCAUUGUGUUAAGGCCCUCAAGCCCUUCUCAACGUGGCCAGCACUUUCGGACAUACACGUGUUAUCCUUGCUAAAUUUCAGUGAUUGAAACCUCCUUUUCCACACCCAAUUGUCCUCGGUUAUGAACUCGCUUUUGCAGUCCCAUGUCCCACUCAAAUGCAGAACAUAAAAAUUGAAUCAGCCUUAAUGCAGUCCAUUCGCCUCCUUUUGUUAUUUGUUUUCUUACAGAUUUUAAUGCCGCCACCAGAGGGGAUUAUGGGAAGUCAGCCUCCUUGUUCAUCCUCGCGGCACUGCCAGGGCCGCCUACUUGACUGGUUUCAUUAGACAAGCUUCUGAUUGUCCUCCUCUGCUUAUUGGAUAGUUUUCACAUACUGUGAACACCUUGACACGAACGAAAACUGGUUUAGGGCAAUCAUCAAUUAAAACGUUACAGAAACCCAAAGCACCUAAUUCUUUGUGGGUUAUAAUUCGCAACGCUUUGAGAAAAAUAACGAAUUUAAUAUUUUAGGAAUAUUUUUUUAAAUGUUGCUAUUCACUUUACUUCACAAGGACACCAAGCGUCAUCUCUAAAUAUAUUGAAAUUAAGUAUGCAAGGAAAAGACUUAACAUUUCCUAAAAAAAAUGUGAUUGCUGACUUGUGCAUGAAUACUGCAAGGUGAAAUGUACCGAUGAUGUGUGAAUUCGGAAACUCCUCUCCUCUGCCACUUUAGCCAUCGACAUUGCAUUUACACAAACAUGUCGAUGUACCCUGGUACAGUUGUUCAAACGCCAGCAGGUAUCAAUAAAGCAUCUUAAAAGCAAAAAAAAGUAAAAUUAUUUAGAAGCAUAUGGUACCUAAUUGUUACGACUUAAUUUUCCCCAAAAUUAUGGCAACGGCGAUAGAAAGUGCUGCGGAGCACUGGGCCGCAGCCGCGUGUUUCGGUGCAACAGUGGAGACUGGAGGCCACAGGCGUUGCCUGGCUGUGUUACUAGGAAAAUAACUCGUGACCCGGCAAGAUACUGUAAUUCCAGUCGUCCUCCCUUAAGUCCACUUUUGUUUGCAAUGUAAAUGUUGACUUAAGAAGUAAAUAGUUACAGUGGACUGAUAGUCAUAUAUAUUAAGAUCGGCAACUAAUAAUGAUUUAUAUAAUUAGUUGUAUUUGGUCGUGAAUUAAUGGUAUUGAAAGCAUGUUUUGUUCGUAUUUGUAAAGUUACUGAUUCAUCAAAAUUGGCUUGCCACUUUGUGUAACAAAGGCACUCUUGGGGUUUCUGUAGCGGCACGGCUUACAAUUAGGAUCUGAACAAUUGGACACUUUCACGAUUCAUAAAACAUUUUUUAGUUAGGCGACGUAAUUAUCUGACCAAAUUCUAUAUCAUGAGAAACCCUUCACCACCGGAUAGACAAACAGUUUACUGGUGAGCUGAAUCAAUAAUGGCCCAUAAAGGCUUAUACACAUGAUAAUUCUGAUGAUGAAUUCCUAUUGAAGGUUAAAUCAAUACAUGCCACGCCAAAAAAAUAAUAGGAAUCAUAAUAUUGUCUAUGGAAAUCUACACGUUGACCAAGUGCUAUGUUUUUAAUGUCUUCGUAAUUUGUAGCUCUGAUUUGUGUACAGUUGAUCGAAAAAAGAAGAGGCGGUGUGUUAAAUGAUUGAAGAUGGCUUUUCUAAUGGUAUCUGUUUAUUGGCUGCCAUGUUGGAAUUUGCUGCUCUGGAUGUGAAUGACGAGCCAAUUGUGAAGAUCAUGGAAGUUGCACAGCCUUCUCUCCACUUCUCUACAGCUGCUGCAUUCAGUUUCUGAUGAAGGAUGCAAUAUGACCUUCCUUCUAGCGUGUGCCUUCUCGUGAAUAUUAGGUUAUAUCAACACUUAACAGUUUUAUUUUUUCUCAUUGGAUUAAGGUUGAGCGUAUGUUUCAAGAAUGUAUCCUGGGGCAACUUAGCUCACCCUUUUGACUAAUUUUCACUUAAUGUUAAUGUUUAAUUAUUAAUUAAUUAAAGUGCAGUGUUGCAUAUUUAAUAAUUUAUAGGCCUCUAAUGUCAAUGCAUAGGCCUCAUUUAUUUAAUGCAAUUGCCAAAUUGUCAUUUUUUUUGUAAGAAACUAAAAGUAGGGGGAAAAAGCAACGUAUAAGUUUGUAAACGGAAAAUACCGCAAAUGUAUAUGUUGUAAGUUUAUGCAACAGUUUAUUUCUUAUACAGGAUGGAUGUAUUUUGCUCUUGAGAACAACAUUGGCCAAUGUCGUACCCUGCACGUGAAUGGAUUGUGGACUGAACGCUACACAUUGUGAAAUGUAGCCAUAAUAUAUUUCGGCCAAACUAUAUUCUUGGCAAAAUGCAAGCCCAGUAAUGCUGGACUGAGUGCACGGAAACCUGGUGCAGACAUCGGCCUUCACUGGCUGUACACGCUCUUAAAUGCGUGUAGAAGACAAAUGUGCAGCUUAGUUUAUUACAGAUUGCAAUUCAUGGGUGCACUAUAGCCAUAAUACACGACUGCCUCUAUUGUGCCUGCUAGACAGCAGCUUGCUCUUGCAAACUCUGUUGGGGCCUCUUGACAAUGGUGGUGUUAAAGGAAAUGUCUUAUGAAAGAACAGCACCAAGUUGACCAAAAGGCGGCACAGAAGGUAAAACAAAACGAAGAGCGCAUUUACCCACCGUAAUACUACAGACUGCCUUGAAAGCCUUGCGUUCGUUGUCAUUUUGGUGCGAUGGAUUGCAUGAUGUGGCCGGCUGGCUCAGGAGGCCGAUGCUCAGGUUGUCGAGCACUGCAUCUGCACCCGUGUCCUGGGCUGCUACUCAGAAUUUUAAUAAAAUUAGGUCCCCAGGUGAAGUUUGAUGAAUUGGCUCAGUCCAACCACCCAUUACUGCACCAACUCCAUCAUGUAAAGUAGCUUUUGGUUUAAAUGUAUAAAGCUUUGCACUCUUUACUCAAAAGAUUUGAUGUGUGCACAUUAACCACUAGAGGGCAGUCUGAUGCUUGUGUAAAACAGACCCUUUAAGAGAUAUUCGUUGAAUCUUGGCGUUUACCUCCAGGUUAUUCCAUACCAUGAUGGCUGGUUCUGCUAUGGUGUAGGCAUCAGGAAUGGAAUGUUUCACAUGCAAGCAAAUUCUGGGUGAAUUAAAAUUACAAUGGUUUUCUCCGAGGUGACUGCUGGAUCCAUCGGCUACAAACAGGCCUCACAGUCCUUCCGCAGCAUCCUUCGUGCCAAAAUCGCAUUAUGUGGGCUUGGGUGCAUGUUCUCCAGAAUGGACAAAAAAUUCCCCAGAGAAAACAUAUGCAAUUUGUAAUUUGGUUACAAGAAAUAUAAUAGUUCUGAACUGUUACUUUGUGCUUAGUAAAAAAAUAUGAUGGCAAUGUCGAUGCGUUUGUUUUCUACUUGACGUUUGGAUAGCAGGUGAUUAAAAGCGAGUAUUCUGA